ACCCACCCCUGGUGGUGAAGGACCUGUACGAGGACAUUAAGGACGGCGUGAUGCUCUUAGCUCUUCUGGAAGUUUUGUCUGGUCACAAACUGCCUUGCGAGCAGGGCCGCAAGCUCAGAAGGAUCCACUGGCUGGCUAACGUGGGAACGGCGCUGAACUUCCUCGAGGGCAGGAGGUCUGUGUACAGAGGAUCUCCGAUCAAACUGGUUAACAUCAACACCACAGAUGUUGUAAACGGCAGACCCUCCAUCAUCCUGGGCUUGAUAUGGACCAUCAUAUUAUAUUUCCAGAUUGAGGAACUCACCAGCACGCUACCACCUCAGAACGUUCAGACCAGCAGCACGUCCUCGGUGGACAGCUCCAACAGCACAGAGCCGACCAGUCCGCCUGUCAAACGCAAGCCCCGCCUCUCAUUCCAGGGAGGAGCCAAGAAGGCUCUGCUAAAAUGGGUUCAGAAAACGGCUACCAAGAGACUAGGUCUGGAAGUCAGGGAUUUUGGUCCAAGCUGGCGUUCCGGCGUAGCGUUCCACGCAGUCAUCUUUGCCCUGCGUCCCCAGCUUGUGGACAUGGAGCGCGUGUGGAACCAAACAAACAGAGACAACCUGGAGGAGGCAUUCUCACUGGCCGAGAGAGAGCUGGGCAUCCCGCGCCUGCUCGACCCUGAGGACGUGGAUGUUGACAAACCAGACGAAAAGUCCAUCAUGACGUAUGUGGCUCAGUUCCUGAAGCAUCAUCCGGAGUCUGCGGAGACGGACAGCGUCAGACGUGAGGAGGAGUUUGGCUUUGCACCCCCCGUCUUUGGAGAAAUGUCAGAGCGUGAACAGAGGAGUGUUCUGAGGGAGCUGAAGGUUUGGGCUGAUCAGAUGGACAGGGACUGUGCUGAGGCUCAGACAGACGCCGGGGAUCUCAGUCAGCGGUAUCAGGUCUUUAAGCAUUAUCGUGUGCAGUGUGAGGUGAGGAGGAGACAAGUGGAGUCCUGCAUUCAGUCCACUCAGAAGGACGGCAUGCUGACUUCAGACCAAGCGCUGGUUAAACAGGCUUGGGAGAGACUAUGUGCUAGGCUCCUGGAGUGGCAUAUACAGCUGGAUGGCGGGUUGCCAGAUCCUCUGGGUACUGUAGGUGUGUGGUUGCAUCAGGCAGAGAAGAUCCUCCAAGAGGACCUGCUUCCCCAACAGAGCCACGAGGAGACCGCCAACGUCAUUCACCGUACACGGCAGCUCCAUCAGGAGAUCCUCGGUCUCGUCGAAACGCACCAGCAGACGUUCCAGUCUGUCCACAGGGACCGGAGCGUCGGCGGCGUUGCCGUACCGGCCGAGCAGCUCCAAGACAUGGCAGAGAGAUUAAACUACGUAUCUACCUCCUCACACGUCCAUCUGAGCAAACUGGAAUUCUGGGAGUCGAGGUACCGCAUGCUGGACUUCCUGUCGCUGGGUGAAUCCAAGCUGAAAUCCUGGAUAAUUAAAUAUGGGCGAAGGGAAACCACCGAGCUGUUGCUCCAGAGCUACGUGACGUUUGUCGAAGGCGAACACUUCUUCCAAAAGUACGACUCCGUCUACGAGGCUCUAAAGCGGGCUGCCGUGCUUUACAUAAGCGCCGACUCUUCAGUCGAGAAGAGUGUGAAGCGCUUCCUGAGGGACGUGGCCGAUCAGUGGAGGAGUCUGUCGGUGGAGGUGCGCAGCGUCAGGUCCAUGCUGGAGGAGGUUCGGGGGAACUGGGAGAAGUACAGCAGCUGUGUGGAGUCUCUGCAGGCCUGGCUGGAGGACGCGGAAGCAGCGCUGAGACAGCCAGAGAACGCUAAACGAGAGUUCUUCAGGACUCUUCCACACUGGAUGGAGAAUCACGCCGGCAUGAACGCGGCAGGAAAUUUCCUCAUCGAGACGUGUGAUGAAACAGUGGCUCGUGACCUGAAGCACCAGCUGCUGCUACUCAACGGGAGAUGGAGAGAUUUAUUCAGUAAAGCCAAACAGUACGCUUGUGUUCACGAGACUCAGACUCACAGCGAGGCAGAGCUGCAGGAAGCCGUUGCUGUGCUCCGAGACUUUUUGGAAACUUCUACAUCCAAACUGACCUCACCUGUCCAGGUGUCACUGCCAGACGUCAGAACGUUUAUGAGGAACGUUCAGGAGAUCAAACAAAGACUUCCAGCGAUGGAGGUGAGAUACAAAACAGCCGCUCGCACGGCUCAGCUCUGGAUCAGAGACUCCAGCGGUGCGGAUGGAAAGCAAGUCCUCGUUACCAUGGCGUCCAUCAAAGGACAGCUAUACAAGAUGAAGGAGAAAUGUCCUUUGGUGCUGCGAGAGUGUCACACUGUGCUUCCCGUGUUAGAAGAGCUAGAAGGUCAAAUCUCAGCCUUCUAUCAGAUAGCGGAUCACGCAGGUCACAUCAUCGCUCAGCAGCACGACCAGCAUCGAAACCAGGAGUUGCUGUCACAGCAGCAGAGCUGUAAGAGGUGUGUGUGUGCAGUGGAGCGUAGUUACCUGGCCCUCCAGAGGGCGCUCUGCUGCACCAAGACUCUCUACAACUUUGACGCGUCUCUCCUGCAGAACAGAGUCACCGAGCUUCAGACCACCGCCCAGGCCCUGAUGCAGGAGGCGUUGGAGUGGAGGAGGGUUGCAGAGGCAAACGGUAACCUGACACGCCGCUUCGAGGAGACUCGCUCUGAGCUGGAGAAGACGCUGAGGGUGGGCCAGGCGUGUCUGACAGAGAGAGGAGACCCUGUUGAGCUCUUCAGCAAACACAGCGACUUUUUCAGCCGCCUGGACCAGCGAGUGCUGAACGCGUACCUGAAGGCGUGUGAUGACCUCACUGAUAUCUUACCUGAGGAGGAGCAGCAGUGUCUUCAGGAGACGGUCCGGAGGCUGCACAAGCAGUGGAAGGACAUCCAAGCUGAGGCUCCGGCUCACCUGCUGAGACUGAGAGUGCAAGCGGAGAGGUGCUUCGUGAUGACAUCUCUGCAGGAGUGCAGGGCAGAGCUGCAGAGGGAGGAGAAGACGCUCGCUACGGCCGGCAGCGAGAGAGCGAUCCGUGAACACAGGGCCUUUUUCAGACACAAAAACCCCAUUUCUGCAUGCGAGAGGAGACUGAAGACGAUGGAACAGCUCUGCCACAAGCUUCCAGAAAACGACCCGACACAAAAAGCCCUGCUGGAGACCAGAGAUACUGUCUCAGAGGUCAAAAGUCAAGUGGAAAGUGCUUACACGAGACUCCAAGAGCAUCCAGACAAGUGGAGCGAGUGGCACCGCAGGUUUGACGAACUCUCAGCCUGGAUUUCAUCCCAGCACAGAGACGGAGAGAGCCUCGCUGUGCAGCGUGAGGUACAGAGGGCUCAGGAGGAAGCUCUGUCCUGGCUCACUGCUCGUCUGGAGGUGCUGGAGGACCUGAGCACUGACGCAGUGACCCAGAGAGCAGCUUUAGACGAGCUCACACACACACUCACAGCCCUGCUGUCCUCCUUGGAUGAAGCGAUGUCCCUGGAUGAGAACAGUGAGAGAGGAGAGGAGGAGGAUGAUGUUCUUCAGACACAUGAACACUCCCGUAUUCUGAAUGCUGAGAGUGUAACAGAAGCCAUGCAGCUGCUUCUCAUUCACCAGGAAAAGCUGAAGUGUGAUCAGAAGAGAAGAGGAUGUGUGUGUGAAGCAGCGUGUCUUGGUGAGGAGCACCCACAAGACUGCAGCUGGGCAGCGCAUGAGAAACAUCUACAGUCCACUGUGAGCGCAUGGCAGGAGUUUGAGGUGGACCGCGAGGCCGUGCACCAGUUUGUUCGCAGAGUGACUCCUGUCCUGCACCAAGAGUUUAUAUUCAGCAGCCUGGAAAACCUCACGAAUCAUCUCCAAUACACUCGUGAGCUUGAUACAGAGUCCGGUGUGUUCAUGGAGAAGAUCGAGUCCCUGAAGAAGAAGGCGUGUGAGAUUCGCUUGGGUUCGGAGAAUUAUUCCCUUCUGCGUGAUCGGGCCAGAGAGGCUCAGAGGAAAAUGCAGGACACACGGGACGGCCUCGGCAACACGAUUUCAGAGCUUGGUGAAAUUCAGGCACGGUGGCAGCGCUUCAGCUGUGAGUCAGACGCGCUCUCCUCCUGGGUGUGUGAGAGAGAGAAGGAGCUGGAGGAUAUAGACGGAAUCGCUGCUCCCUUGGAACGACAGAUUCACACUGUGGAGGUGAUUGAGGCAGGCUUAGAGGAAAAGAAGGAUGUCUUGAGUCAACUGGAGGUGGAGUUUUUUGCUCUGACUCGGUUCAUGGCUCCUGGCGAGGCGGAGAGUAUUAAAGGUCGUUUAAUGCAGAUCGGCAGGUACUGGGAGGAGCUUUCAAACCACGUGAAGAGACGAAGGACGGAGCUUCAGGCCAGCUUGGCAUAUACAGUGCAGUUAAUUGAAGAUAUGGAUGAGGUUAAACAUGUGCUAAAAGAUCUCACCGAGAAGUUGAAUAAACCAGUUACAGGCUGCACAUCAACAUCAGGGACGUACCAAGUACUUCAUGAGCAUAUGGAUGCAUGGCAGGCUCUUAAGCUCCUGCGACCCCGACUGGUGUCACUGAACUUGGGUUUGAGAAAGAUUUCUAAAAAAGACCAGGUGGAGAAAGAUGUAUCAGACCUUCAGGAGGCUCACAUUCAGUACUCUGAUAAUGCUGCCAGAAAACAAGCCAAACUGGAGGACCUGUUGACUAAGUGGCAGCAAUAUGAAAGAGGACUCUCAGUUCUCCAGGGAUGGUUGGACAGUUCAGAGAACCUCUGCAAAUCUGAUACUCCAUACCUGAUCAUGGAUAAAACCAAACUCCACAUCCAGCUCCAAACACUACAGGACCUGCAGAGUGAAGUUCCCUCUCAGGAGUCUUUGCUGGAGAAGUUGGAGACCCAGGCCGAAUUUCUAUACCCCACGGCUUCAGAGGAACGAGUGGGAGAAAUGACAGAGCUUCACUGCAACCUGGAGGAGAGGUGGUGUUCUCUCAGUGUGAGCAUACCACUCAGGAUUCAAGAACUACAAGCUCAUCUUUCUCAGCUGGAGCAGUUUAACCAGGUUCUAAUGACCCUCACUCAGUGGAGUGAAAACUUUCUCAGGCAGCUGAGAUACAGGUCCAAAGUCACCAUUACUGACUUGACACCUGCUUGUGUCCAGAUCAAGGAUGAUGAAGCGGUUCUUCAAACCCAAAGCAACGCGAUAGAGGACCUGAAGAAGCACAUGGAGGUAUUAAGUCCUUCCUUGGCUCCAGUGGAUCUUCACCGAUUACAGGCCAGGCAGGAAGACUGCCUCCAGCCCUUCUUAGAGGCUAAGAGUCUGCUGCAGAGCCGUUCUGAGGCUCUGGGUAAACUUGAGACCUACUUGGUGAGCUAUAGGUCGACUGCCAAUUCACUUCAAACUCUGCAGACAGCUGUAGGACAGACAAACUGGGACCAAACCAAGGAUCGGAACCUGAACCAGGAACUAGAGCAGUUGUCCCAGGAGUUAGCAUCUGUGGAGGUGCAGGCUGUAGUUCUGGACAGUAGUCUGAACAAGGCAUACCUUCACCUGCACGGGACCGAUGGGGACAGGACAUCCUGCCGGGGUCUGGUGGAGGAUCUGGUGUCAGGGCUGCAGCAGAUUCAGAGAAGUGUGGGGACGAGGCAGAGUGAAGCCGAGACACUAGGAGCCAUGUGGAGCUCCUUUACGAGAAAAAAAGAGAUGCUUUUGAGGAACCUGACUGAGCUGGAGGAUAGAGCCAGGAAACCGUGGUUUCCAGAACCAAGCACUCAAAACUUCCAACAAAGACUGUGGAUGCUGAACCAGUUAGAGGAGGAGCUUGAUGCUCUGCAGCAUAGUCAGCUGUGGUUAGGGGAGAAAGGUGAGCAGUUGGUUCACACAGACCCCGAGAUGGUCAGAGACGCCCGGAAGGAUGUGACCCUUGUCCAAACCAGCUGGGAGAAGAUCAAAAACGCCAUCUCAGAUGAGCAGGUGCAGUGCAAAGUUCUGGUGGAGAUGUGUAAGGAUUACCAGACUCUGAAGUACAAACUCGGCUCAGUCGUCGAGAGAGCUCGUGCUGUUAUUGUUGCUCAUUCUGUCCAGCACAACCCCGAGGACAUGCGGAGAGCCCAGACAAGGCUGGAGGCAGUGAAGUUAGAGCUGACCGGUGCUCAGGGUGACCUCGAUUUGUUCAUCUGUAAAAGCAAAUCCUUCAUCAGCAAGCUAAGGAACCUUCCAGCAGACCUAGCAGAUGCGGUCCGUGUGGAAUUGGACACCGUCAUGGACCAGUGGAUGGAGACGUCAGAGAGGAUAGAAACCGAAGCGAAUCGUCUCGCAACCGUUCUGGAGUUAUGGAAUGAGAUUAACUCUGUGGUUAAUGACAUCGAGUGUUGGAGCGCCACCUCAGUUAGCGAGCUCAACGACGGACCUGUUAAUCUCUUAUCCAGUGCCAACAUGGAGGACUGCCUCAGUCAGUUUAAGGUGGAGAUCGAGAGUAAAAAGCUGCUAAUGGAGAGCCUUCGUGUAAAAGUUACUGAACUACAGGAAGUAACAAAGAACCAGCAAGUGGACACCGAGCUCCAGGUGAUGGCAGCUGAUCUGAGGAAGAAGAUCUUCCAUGCUGAGGAGGUUUACGAGCAGGCCUGUUCCAUCCUGAGGGACUUCAGCUGUCAGAGCCGGCAACUCCAGGACGCGAUUUCCCACAUGGCUGAACAACUGGACACUGUCGAGAGCACGUUGUCAGAGCUAUCACAGUCAUCUGACCCAGAAAAUGUGGCCAAGAUAAAGGAGCUCCGGAAGAUUCUGAAGCAGGUUGACGGAGGUUUGGACGUGACGGGCGAGUCUCUUCGUGUGCUCUGUCGAGUUUAUCCAGCACAGCAGCUAACAUCUGUGGGCGAGAGCAUCACCGAGCUGGUGAAGCGGAGCGAAGCGGCCGCACAGCGUUCCGGACAAAUCCUCCAAACUCUACAGAAAACACUUCUGCACGGUUUUAACGAACUCACACAGGAUUUCCAUAGCUGGCUAUCAGAGCUGAAGGCAGGUACAGAAGAGAUCUCUGAGGAAACAGGAGACCUUCCUCGGGUUCCUGCCCAGCUGCAGAGGCUCAAGGUGUCACUGGAGCGAGUCGGAGAGGGUGAGGAACAUCUGACUAGACUUCAUGAAGAAGAAGAAAAGCUCCUCACACAUCUGUCUGAAUCUGCAGCUGGACGAGUUCAGGAGCAUCUGGCCUCGUGUCGUCUGGCGCUGGAUAGAUUUACUGCAGCCUGCAGACAGAGAGUGCGGUGUUUAGAGGAGAGCGCCGCCCUGCAGGACAGGUUGGAGGUGUGUGCUGACGAUUUGAGAGACUGGCUGCGGCAGAUGGAGAAAAACCUAAAGAAAGAGGCAGUUCUUUGUGGAGCGAGCCAGCCAGGAGUCCCUGACUGCUCCAUACAGCUCAAAAGAGUGGAAGAAAUACACAAAGAGCUGCUCGCGAGAAGACCGUCACUGGAGCGUCUGUAUCAGUCCUCUCUACCCCUGUCCGAGGAGAACAGCAUCCCAGCCGAGCUUCUCUCCUCCCAUCAGGCUCUGCUUCACGAGGCCUGGACUCGGCUGCUCCACCUGCAGGAGUACCAGGCGUUUGGGGAGGCGCUCAGGGCGGUGGGGAACUGGCUGGAGGAGGCGAAGGGCAGGCUGGAGAAACUGGAGAGCACUGAGGGGAAUAAAGAGGAGGUGGAGGAGAGACUGGAAAGAGUGCAGGAUAUCCUUUUAAUGAAGGGUGAGGGAGAGGUAAAGCUGAACAUGGCUGCCGGUAAAGGCGAGCUUGUCAUAAAAAGCAGUGGAGACGCUGGACAGGAAGUGAUCCGUUCUAAGCUACAGGAAGUGGAGGAUGCCUGGGCAGCACUACUUUUAAGAGCUAUGAGCUGCCACAGCCGUCUGGACUGGACGGUGAGUCAAUGGGGACUGUUUGUGGAGUCUCAAGCUCAGCUCAGGACCUGGUUAGAGGAGGUGGAGUCUGAGGUUAAAGGUCCUCUGGAGCCUCAAUUGGGUCUCAGAGAAAAAAGGCAGCAGCUGGACAGACUGUGUUUGCUCUUAUCUGAUGUCGAGGACCACCAGGGGGCGCUAUGUUAUUUAGAGGAGAGCGCUGCUGAGCUGUACAAGCGCACCAGAGACCCGGCCUUCAAGGAGGAGGAGACCGCUCAACUUAGGGCUCAGUUCGAUGAUGUCCGAGCUGCCGCAGAGGAGAGAGUCCGUCUUUCAGAAGGUGUCGUUUUCGAGCACGAGAAGUACAUGGCAACUGUAAGAGAGCUCACUGAUUGGCUAAUGUCCAAAGGAGAGGAGCUUCAGAGAUGUUCCGAUCCAUCUGGAGACUCUGCAUCGGUCGAGAGAAAGCUGAUGGGAGUUCGGGAGCUGGUGGCGCGGGGAGCGCGCGAAGGGCGCGAGCGUCUGCGGCGCGUGCGGCUGAGCGCGGAGAGCGCGUGCAGGCUGACGGCGGCGACGGGCUGCGAGCUGAUGGACAGCGAGGUCCUGGCGCUGGCGCGAGCCCUGCAGCAGUGGGAGGGACAGGCGCUGAGGGCGCGCGACACCCUGGAGACCGCCGUCACCGUGGCGACCGGAGCCGAGCGCGAGCAGCGUCGCCUCGCCGAGCAGCUCGAGGAAGACACCGGGCGGCUCGAGCGGCAGCUGAGAGAGUGGAGCGACGGGCUGAAGCACUCCGAGAGGCGGAACAGCGGAGCUGACGCGGUGCAGGGAUGGACUGUGGCUCAGGGUGUACUGGAAGGCCUGCAAGCAGCUGAAGUCAUGGAGGAGAAGCUAAAAGCUCAACUUAAUGAGCUGUGUGGGUUUUCCAGUGAUCUUGGAGCUCAGUCAGAGCGGGUCAGUGCGCUCAUCAAACUGCACAACAGUCUGAGUCUGCGAGCAGCCCGUGAGUGUCAGAAUAAGGAGAAGCUGCUUGAGCAGCGUUUCCGCUCGUCUCUGCGUGACUUCCGUCAGUGGCUGGUCAACGCCAACAUCUCCACGGCUAAAUGCUUCGACUCUCCUCACAGCAUUCAGGAAGCUUCCACCAGCCUCCAGAAGAUUCAGGAGUUCCUGAGUGACAGCGAGCAAGGCCAGGACAGAUUAAACGCUGUGAUCUCCCACGGGGACCGACUCGCCGCCGUGGUGUCUGCUGACAGGGUGGAGGUGGUCAGGUCCAAAGCCAACGCUGCCAAGGAUGACUGGAACAACCUGAUGGACAACCUGAAGCAAAGAGAGACCGUAUUACAGGGUCUGCAGUGUCAGAUGCAGGAGUUCGAGGCGAGUGUGGAGCCUCUUCAGGACUGGAUCAACAGAACAGAGAUGAGCGUACAGGAGAGCAGCGCUCGUCUACACGAUCUCCCCGCUAAGAGACUGGAGCUGAGCAAACUGCAGUCAGUGUUGGAGGAGAUGGGCUCCAUGGAAUCGGAGCUAGGAAGGCUGAGAGAGAGAGCUCACAGCCUGUGGGAAGGUCAGGCGGCUGGGAAAGGCUUUGUGCACAGGGUCUGUCAGCUCGCCGCACGCUACCUGGCCCUGAGCAACCGCACUAAGGAGAAGGUCUCCAGAGUGGAGCGUGUAGUUGGGGAGCAUCAGCUCUUCUCCCAGGGCUUACAGGAACUUCAGAGCUGGGUUUCAGAAGCCCAGCAGAUCCUCGAAACCUGCCGAAGUCCCAACGCUGACAAGAGCGUACUGCUUACCCGAAUGAGCCAGCUUGAGGAGCUGUUAGCGGCACGUCAGGAGCGGGAGAUCCAAUUAAAGAUGCUCAUCACCAGAGGAGAAGCGGUGCAGAGGAACACCUCGGCGGAGGGCGUACCUGUGGUUCGCAAACAGAUCCAGGACCUUAAAGAUUCCUGGGAUUUGCUUCUCUCAGCUGCGAUACAGUGCAAAAGUCAGCUAGAAGGUGCUUUGUCUCACUGGACCAGCUAUCAGGAGGACGUGAGCCAGUUCGAGGGCUGGCUGGAACGAGUAGACGAGAGUCUGGGGAACUCGGAUAAACACUGGACGGAGAUGAGGGAGAAGACAGCGAAUUUACGCCAAGCGAAGCUGCUUUAUGAGGAAGUGUUGAGUCACUCGAGCUUGUUGGAGACCAUCGCCACAAAGGGAUCCAACCUUCCCGAGCACUCGGCCACUCAGCGGGAGGUAGACGAGCUCAGCACGCAGUACAAAGCCAUUAAGGAUAAAGCCAAUGCUGCUGUCAAGAAGGCGGAGGAGCUGGUCCUGGUCCAUCAGGAGUACCAGCGAGGUCUGCACAUGUUCGAGGACUGGCUGGAGCAGGAGCAGAGCAACCUGGCUCUCCUUUCACCCCUGGAUGGAGAUGUGAACGCACUGGAGAAGACCUUGAAAGAGCUGCAUAUGCUUCAGUCACGUUGCUCCGAGGGCCACGCCUUGCUGAAGUCGGCCCUGUCCAGUCGGGAGCAGGUGAUCCCAUGGGGUGUCCCUCAGAUUGAGGACAGGGCGUUGGAGACUGCACAGAGAGAGUGGCAGGCGUACCAGGACAGGCUGGAGAACACUCAAGCUAGCCUGGAGCAGACGCUCGUCAGGCUGCAGCAGCUGGAGGGAUGUUUCCAGAGCUUGGACCACUGGCUGGUAGACAUUGAGCUCAAAGUCCGUCUGAGGAGCGACAGACGAUCCGAGCGUGCUGCUAAAGAGCUCCAGCUCCAGCAGCUUCUGUGGCAGGUGGAGGCUGUACAGAAGCAGGGUGAGAUGGAGGCUCUGAGUGCUUUGGCUCAGCAGGUUGUGGAAGACUCUCAUGUCAGCGCUCGGGUCAGCGCCCGGGUCACUCAGCUCACCACGCGCUACCACGCCCUCCUGCUGCGCAUACAGGAGACCAUCCGCCAGCUCCAGGAGGAACUGAGGAGCAUCAGUGAAGCUCAGGUCGCUCUCAGAUCCUUCUCCGAUUGGAUGAGUUUGACGACGACGGGUUUAAAAGCAGCCAGCGAAAGCAAGCAAGCCCCGGAUCGAGCGUCUCUGGAGAAAAAGAUGAAAAGGCUGGAGGCUCUACAGCGUGAUGUGGACGAAGGCCACGCCCUGUUCAAGACCCUCCGUGAGAAAGCCGAGCAGGCCGUCUCCUUCCUGGAUGAAAGCGGAGCGUGUCGGCUAGAGAAGGAGGUCCAGGAGAGCCGAUCUCGACUAGAAGAGCUUGGCCUGGGGAUACGAGCCGAGCAUGGAGCUACUGAGAAGAGCACGAUGCUUUAUAAAGAGUUUCAGGAGCGUUAUAAGACCCAGCUGCAGUGGAUGAGAGAGACUCGAGCUCUACUCGGCUCUUCGGCCGAACCGAAAGCUGAGCUCUACCAGAGAAAAGCCCAGCUGGCAAAGUAUAAGGUGUUGGAGCAAACUCUGCUGUCCCGGGACUCUGCCCUCAGUGCCAUGAUGGAAAAAGGGAAAACUCUGCUGUCUCUCCUCCACUCUCCCUCCAUCACAGAGAACAUGGACCGGUUACAGAGCGAAUAUCAGGAGCUGUGUAACACCGUGAGGAGUCGGGUGCAGAAGCUGGAGGCUCACGUAAAGAAACAGGAAGAGUAUCACACCGAACUCCAGGAAGUGGAACGCUGGCUGCUGCAGAUGUCCAGCCGGAUGGUGACCCCUGACCCCACUCCGGGAGGCGGGCUGGAGGCAGCCGCACAACAGCUGGCCAGACACAAGGCCAUCAUGGAGGAGAUUGCGGGCUUUGAGGAGCGUCUGGCGGGUCUGAAGGAGAGAGGAGACGAGCUGAUGUCUGGCUGCACCGAACGCCUCCAGGCUCGUGUUCGCCAGCAGAUCCAGAGCCACCUGCAGGGAGCACGAGACAGUUACUCAGCCAUCUGCAGCACGGCACAGCGCGUCUAUCAGAGUCUGGACAGGGAGCUGCAGAGACACGUCAGCCUGCGAGACACACUGCAGCAGUGUCAGACCUGGCUGUGUAAUAUCCAGGAGGAACUGCAGCCGCCUGCACAAACACCACGCUACCUGGAGGAGGCACUGAUCCAGCUGAAGCAGGAGCGAGCUCUUCAGGAGCAGGCCAGUACGUACCUGCACCUGAUCUGCUCCACGUGUGACCUGACGGAGGAGAAGGUGCAGGAGACCGCCGCUGAUAUCCAGCAAGUCAAAAUCCAGGUCGAGGAAAGAAUGCUCGAAUCCCAAGAACUGGCAGACAGCUGGAGAGAAAUCGAGAGCCUACGUUCCGAUCUUGAGUCUCAUCUCCGAGAAGCUGAAAAGUUUCUGCAGAACAUGCUGAGAACACCAGCAGAUCUUGAACCAAAAGUCUCUCAGAAUCAGCUGGACCAGGCUCAGGACUUUAUUCAGGAGAUACAAGCCAGGCAAGCUGAUUUGACCAGCCUGAGAGAGAGCAUUGGAAGGCUUGUGCCAUCUCAGGAUUCACCUGAACUGGUGGAAAUAGGUCGCCUACGCAGAUCUUGGUUAGAGCUUGCAAAGCAGGCUGCAGAGCUUUUGGAGCAGAGAGAGGAGGAUCUCCAGAGGAGUGGGGAUUAUCAAGAGUGCCUAAGCAUGGUAGAAGAGCUGUUUGACCAGUUGUCCAAGGAAUGGGAUUAUCUGUCCAGGGGGGAUAUGGAGAGCAAUGCAGGGUGUUUAGAUGCCUUGAAGAAGCUCUACAUAGAUCUUCAGGACCAGCGGUGUGUAUUAGAAGAUUUGAGAGAUAACAAGAAUGCAAUCCUGCCACGCCUUACAAUUGAGGACAAGGACCUUGUCAAGGAGCAGGUAGGAUACCUGGAGCAACGCUGGACCCAAAUGGAAGUGCAGGUUGAACAAAAGAUACAGGAUACGAUCGAAACCCUUGAAGACUUGAAUCAUUUAGAGGACCAAUUGCGGGAAACCCAAGAGUGGGCUGAGGUGCAGCGACCAUCUUUUUCUGACGUACUGAAAACCAGUCCCCCUCCUGACCUUGCUCAGAGCUUUUUAUUCGAACACUUGAGCUUUUGUGCAGAACUAGAGGCCAAGCAUCAGCUUAUUAAUCAAUCUGUAUCUGAGGCUGACAUCCUUUAUGCUCAUCUAGGACUAAAUGAGAAAAGGAGACUGCAGACCUUGGUGCAGGAUGUUCAAGAAGCAGUAGAAUCUCUUAGCUCCAAGGCAGCUCACCACCGCAAAAGCCUUAAUAAAGUGUUCACAGAACGGACACAGUUCCUCCAGGCCUUGGAGAGGGCUGCUGCAUGGAUCAAACAGCAAGAGCAGAGGAUUCUCGCAGAUGAGCAUGUGGCUCUCGUGCCAGAUGAGCUCUCCAAGCAGGUGUCUAUUUGCAAAAACAUAUGUAACAGCCUAAGGGCAUAUCAAGUGGAACUAACCUCGCUUUGGACACAAGGAAGAGAACUUGUAAAGGAAGCAACAGAGGAUGAGAAGAUAGAGACCAUUCAAAGGCUUGAGGAGCUCCAGGGAACCUUUGAAACUUCCCUCCAAAGGUGCAUACAUCAUUUGCAGCACCUGGAGAGAGCCUUAGUUAUUCGAAAGUACUUCAAAGUUGAUCUGGAUAGAAUCUGCGAGUGGUUGCGACAUGCAGAAGCGGCCACAUUCCCAAUAAUAGACCUCAACAGGAAUGAUGCGGAGCUGCAAAACCAGUUAGCCAAAUACCAGCAGAUUUUGGAUCAAACCUCAGCAUAUGAGAACCUGUUACUUAUUGUCCAGCGGGCAGGACAGGAAAUUCUACCCACCUUAAAUGAGGUGGAUCACUGCUACCUGGAUGAGAAACUUAACGGCCUUCCGCAACAGUACAACGGCAUUCUUUUGUCAACCAAAGAAAAGCGAGACAGGAUCCAGCGAGUGAUUCUGGAGCGCAAGGAAUUGGAGUCCCUCAUUGAAGCGACACGUAAAGCUUUGGAGGGACUUCAGGAGCAGUGUGAUGCCUUAGAGAAACAAUCAACUAGUGGAAGCCUCGAAGAUGGGGAAAGGUUGCACAAUGACUAUGAUGAGAUCCAGACAGGCCUUUUAAACCUUUUCCAAGCGAUGAAUGAGUUGAAGAGUAAAACUCAGGACUUCCAUUGCACAGGACAACCAUAUACACGUGAGAUCAUUGACCAGCUAGUCAGUCUUUAUGGUAGACUUGAUCAAGAGACAAAGGAAAAGGUUAAACAACUCAAUAGAACUUUGAAUGUAUUAAAUGACUACAGGACCACAAUCGCAAAAAUGGAUAGUGGCAUUAAUGCAGUCAGGGAGCAUAUGGAUGAACUUCAUUCUGAGAAGCAGUUAGAUGCCAUGGAGAGAUUAUCGAAACUGCACAAAAUGGCCAAAGAGCUAGAUGAGAUUAGUUUUUAUGCUGAAGGACUGACUGGACGGAUAGUGGAGUGCAACCAGCACUUUGACUAUGAUACCCUUAGAACUCAGGUUUCCAUGAAGGAGACACAGCUUCAAGCCUUGAAAUCAAACAUUUACAAAAGCAUAGAAGAAUGUGAAUGUUGUGUGGGGAGCAAGCCUAGCUUCCAGACCGAGGUGAAAGAAAGCUUGAUGUGGCUCAAGAGGGUUAGAGAAGAUCUCAGAGGUUUGGUUAAGCUUCAGGAAAUCAAUGCGCAUGUUGUACAGGAUGAGAUCAGAUCAACAGUCACACUUCAGAGAGAAAUUCAAUCUAGGCUUCAGUUGCUGAAAACUUUAAGCCAAAAUGAGAGGACCUCCAAACAGACAUUCCCCGGUGACACGGAGACCUGUUUGAAGGAUAUUGCAGACUUGGAGAGUGAGGUUCAGGAAUCCCUCGCAACCAAACAGGCGGUCUUGCAGUCAGCACUAUCCUUGCUACAAAUGCACCAAAGUGCCUUGAGGACUAUUAGCCAAUGGUUAGAAGAUGCCGAUGCUGUCAUAAAGCAGAAGAACCAGAAUCUAGAAUUGGAAGAUCUAACAGAGAGGCUCAAGGAACUUGAAAAUGUUUUGACCCAAGAACCGACCAUAAAGAAGGCGAUUCAGGAUAUCAAGGGCAUUCUCCCUAAAAUUGAGAGCUAUGUCGAUUCUGGUGUUUUAAUAAAAAAUAAAGAAGCCCUCGAGACCACUUGUCAAAGGAGUGCUGAUGUCACGGAACAGCUGAGAAGUCAGCAAGAAACCUUGAACAGAUGUUCUUCUCAGUGGACGGCAUUCGACAAAGAUAGAGAAGCACUCAUAACUGAACUGAGUGAAGUCGAAAUGAGAUUAGCUGAGUUUAGGACAGCUAAAUCAAGCUCUCUUCGAGAGGCCGAGGACAAGCUUCGUUUUCACCAGGAUUUUGUGUUCCAACUCGAGGCUUGUCGAGAUAAACUCUCCAACCUGAAAGAACAUUCAGAGCAGUCCGAUCUGAAUCGCAUGUCCGGCGCUGCGGUUUGUCGUUCAGUUUGUGCACUAGACCAGCGAUGGACUCAGUUAACCAGUGUAGCUAAAGUACAGGAGAAAGCUCUAAAGGACACGGUGCAUGACUGGAGAGGCUUCAUUGAGAAGCUGAAGAAGAUGAGGUCUGUGUCAGAAGACCUGCACAGCCGAGUUCCAGACAGCGUGGUGGAGAAGGCAGCCAGCACUGUGGCCCUACACAACCUGUUAGAGUAUCACGACUCCUUCAGCCGAGAGGUGGAGAGAGAGAACAGUGCCCUGACUCUCCUCAGACACCACGCCCUUCACCUUCUCCUCCACUCUGAUACUGCAUUACUAAAGACCUCCAACAACCAGACCAGCUGCAUCAGUAACCAAACAACCAGGCUUAGCAAGCUGUCAGCCAUGCCCCUCAAACCUCCUUACAUGACCAUGAAGCAAAUCAUCACGCCAAACAAGCCGCCAAUCUCAACCAGUAACCAGUCAGUCACCCCUACUACACAGCCAGCCACACUCAGCUCACAGCUUACCACACCCAUGACACAGCCAGCCACGCCCACUGCAAAAUCAACCACGCCCACUACACAGUCAGUUAUGUCCAAUAUACAACCAACCACACCCACUACACAGUCAACGACACCCACUACACAAUCAACCACACCCACUACACAGUCAACCACACCCACUACACAGUCAACCACACCCACUACACAAUCAACCACACCCACUACACAGUCAACGACACCCACUACACAAUCAACCACACCCACUACACAAUCAACCACACCCACUACACAUUCAAACACACCCACUACACAUUCAUCCACACCCACUACACAUUCAACGACACCCAAUACACUUUCAUCCACACCCACUACACAUUCAUCCACACCCACUACACAAUCAACCACACCCACUACACAAUCAACCACACCCACUACACAUUCAACCACACCCACUACACAUUCAACCACACCCACUACACAUUCAUCCACACCCACUACACAAUUAACCACACCCACUACACAUUCAACCACACCCACUACACAUUCAGCCACACCCACUACACAUUCAUCCACACCCACUAUACAGCCCGCCAUACCCAACAACCACUUAGACACUCCUUGCAAUCAAACAGUCACACCUAGCAACCACUUUGAAUUGUCUAGCACACUAACACCCAAAUACCAAACAAUCAUACCUGUCAAUCAUCUGGCCACGCCCACCAAGCAGGCCAUUAAAACCAACAGUGAGGAUGCUUUCUGUCUGCGGGAGAUUCAAGCAAUGCAGGAGAAAUAUGAGAGCCUGCUGCAGAAAGUGUGUGUGAGCCGGCAGCAGGUUCAGGUGGAGCUGCUGGAGCGAGAGGAGGUGGAAAGGGAGCUGGGACUCGUUAAAGGCUGGAUUCAGGACACACAGGGCCUGUUACUCAGCCCUACAGCCGACCUGGACACCCUGCUCUCUGACCUGGAGAAAGCUCAUGGCGGUGUUCAGUCUCAGCGACAUGCUCUGGAGCAGAUUGCAGAUCGCCAGCAGAUAAAAUACAAAGACCUUCAUGCUGCUGUUCCUUCUGAGAUCAGCACCCAGCUGGCACAGGUCACACUGGCACUGGGUUCGGCAGAGGACCAGGUGCAGAGCCGAGAGAGAGAAGUGCAGCACAGCAGAGAUGUUAAAGAAGACUUUACAGCCAGAUUGAAGGACAUCGCGGAGAAAGUCAGCGCCAUCUCUGUGAAACUGAAGCAGAAGAGUGUGGAUGUAGAAGAGGCCAAAGAGGAGACGGAGACUUUGCGUGAGGAGCUGGAGGACUGCUCUCAUGCUCUCUCCGAGCUGGACGUGGCCAUGCAGGAGUUCGGAGAGCAGAACCCGCUCCUGGCCCGGCAGCUGAGCACGACACUGAACAAACUGACCGAGCUCCACUCUCAGACCAGCAGACUCGCAGAGGGAAGGACCUCAAGGCUUAAGAAGGCUGAGCAGCACUUUGAGGAGUUUAACGAAAGACUCACCUUGAUACUGAACUGGACUGAAAAAGCAGAGACUCUGGUUUCCACCAGCAUCGUCUGGAGCCCCGCCUCUGUGAUGCAGGAGCAAAUCCGUACACACCAGGCGCUGCUGCGGGAAUGGCGGAGGCUGCAGGGUGAGAUGGAGACAGUGAUUGAGAGAGUGGGGUUGUUGGGAGAGGUGGUGCACACUGAUGCACUUCACCAGCAGGUGGCGGAGCUGAGCCGACACGCCGAAGAGCUGCAGCAACGCGCCAAAACUCGCCUGCUGAAUCUACAGGAUGCUGCAAAGGACCUGAGCAGGCUGGAGAGUGAGGUGAAGAGCCUCCACAGGUCUAUCGAGAGAGUUCAGGAGACGCUGGCUUCGCCGGAGCUGGCUCGUCUCAGCCUCAGAGAACAGCUGCUCCAGAGACAGCACCUGCUGACAGAAAUGGAGGGAUUUAAGGUGCAGGUUCAGGCUGUGCAGAAGUGUAUGAGCAUGCUGCAGCUUCCCGAGGACGCCAUGGUCACGUUACCCCUGUGUGUCACUGCGCAGAGUCUACAGCAGGACAGUAGCCAUCUCCAACACACCACCAUACAGCAGUGCAACAUACUGCAGGAGGCCGUGGUGCAGUAUGAGCAGUAUGAACAGGAAGUGAUGAACCUUCAGAAGAUGAUCGAAGAAGCGCAGCGUGUCAUUCAGGACCGACCCGUCGCUACUGGCAACAUCCACGAGCUUCAGACGCAGAUACAGCACCAUGAGGAGCUGGCCCAGAAGAUAAAAGGCUACCAGGAGCAGAUCGCAGCCCUGAACUCCAAGUGUAAGAUGCUGACACUGAAGGCCAAGCACGCCACCAUGCUGCUAACUGUCAGCGAAGUAGGGGGGCUCUCAGAUGGUCUGGAGGAGCUGGAGGAUGAAGAAGAGGAGAUGGUGAAGCACCCCACAACACACCCCUCGGUUGUCAUGAUGACUGCAGGUAGAUGUCACACUCUCCUGUCUCCCGUAACGGAGGAGUCGGGUGAGGAGGGCACCAACAGCGAGGUCUCCUCCCCUCCAGCCUGCAGAUCUCCCUCACCCGGGCCUAACACCGACAUCUCCCUUAACCAGGUUCCAGGAAAGUCCCCGUUAAGUCGCGCUCCUCUACAGGAACUGUAUGACCAGUCCAUGGAAUCGGCUGCCACGGCUAAUCUGGACGACUUACAGCGCUCGUGGGAAACGCUGAAGAACGUGAUCAGCGAGAAACAGAAGAGUCUGUAUGAGGCUCUGGAGAGGCAGCAGCAUUACCAGGAGUCUUUACAGUCCAUCUCCACCAAGAUGGAGUCCAUUGAGGCUUCACUCAGUGAAGGGCUAGAACCUGGAAAGAGUCCCGAGAGCCAGAUGGCAGCUCACCAGGCUUUGAUGGAUGAAAUCCUGAUGCUACAGGAUGAGAUCAGCGCUCUGCAGACGUGUUUCUCCGAGGAGCUCCAGCGGGAUGAGGAGAGCCCUGAGCAGGACGCCGGUGACCAGCUGGCACUGCACUCUACCCUCACUGUGCUGGGGGAACGCAUGGCCACCAUCCGUAUGAAGGCCUCGGGCAAGCGCCAGCUCCUGGAGGAAUGUCUGAACGAACAGCUGGAGGAACAGAGACAGGAACAAGCCCUGCAGCGUUACCAUAGCGAGGCAGAGGAGCUCGAUCAUUGGUUGCUCAGCACGCGAGCGACGCUUAACUCCGCCCUCCAGCCGCAUCCAGAGGACAUGGACAUGGAGGAGCAGCUGAUCGACUGUCAGAACAUGUUGAUGGAGAUCGAGCAGAAGGUGCUGUGUCUGUCCGAGCUUUCGGUACACAGCGAGAGCCUCCUGCUGGAGGGGAAAGCCGGCACACGUGGAGACGCCGAGCAGCUCACGCUCAAACUGCACAGCCUUAAAGCCAGUCUUCUGGAGCUGCAGCGCAUCCUACAGGACAAACACACACACAUCCAGGGAUCUUUAAUGGAGCAGGAGGAGACUGAGCCUGACUCAGCCUUGACUCAAAGCCCCAGCGUACUGGACUGGCUCAGUCAGGCCCGGUCCACUCGCAGCCAGCAGCAUCAGGACACGGUGCAGAGACAACGGGAAUUAGAAGCGGAGCUCGAGGAACAGAGGAAGCUGAUGCAGUCUGUGGCCAGUCGAGGGGAGGAGCUUCUCUCCCACUCCCAAACCACACCCACUGGAGACAGCGCUGCAAAUGGUCAGGACGUGUCGGAUCCGGGCGAGAGCACGAGUCUGAGCACGAGCGGGAACGAACAGGGCGAUAUGAGGAUGAAGUGGGAGAAUCUGAAUAAAGACCUGAACACCAAGCUGCAGUUUCUGUUCAACACCAUGCAGGACGAGCAGCUCAGCUCGGUACACAGCGUCUAUCAGAGAUCUCGAGUGUCCAGCCCAGGAAGUCUUUUCAGAGGAGAUCAACUGACACCGGACGUUUUUCCCCCCAGUGCUUUAUUUGAGAAUUUUAACCAGAAACUGGAGGAACUAGCUGAGGCUGAUGUUAAACAUGCUCACACCCGGGAGAAGACUCUGUACGAAGCAGUGUGUUCAGCCUCCACCUGGCUGGACGGUGCAGAGAACACACUGCUCUCCGGCCCCGUGCUCCUGUCUGACGACUCGGAGAUCCAGCUGUUUCAUUUAGAGGGUUUGAAUAAGGAGGUGAAGAACGUCAGCGAGGAGGUGAGUAAGUGUCAGGAUGUUCUGGAGGGAUGUGAUGGAGGAGGCGAUGGCUUGAUCGAGGAGGUGCUGGAUGGACUGGAUGAGAGACUGAGAUUGAUGGAUUCACUGCUGGAGCAGAGAUGCGACGGGAUUCGAGACAGACUUCAGGAACAUACGACUUUUCAGGUGGAAUUGAGGCAGUUGUUCACUGCUAUGAGCGACUCCAAGCAUCAGCUGCUGCAGAAGAUGUGCGGAGCUGCAGAUCGGCCAGCGUCCAGACAGCUAGAGACUCUGGGUGAAGCAGAGGACAGUCUAAGGGAGUUUGAACAGAGGUUGUGUGAGAUGAAGACUAAAGGAGAAACUCUGCAGUCAGACCCAGUGAUCACACAGGAGCUGCUCAGACUACAGGACAUGUAUGAGGAGCUGGUGGAGAUGGUUGGCUCGAAGCGGAGUGCUCUGAACCAGACGUUGGUGUUGAAGGCGCAGUAUGAGAAAGCUUUGCAGGACCUGCAGGAGCUCGUGGACACGGCACAGGACAAAAUGGCCGCGGAUCAGAAGAUGACUGCAGGCUCCGUGCUCGAGGUUCAGAUCCUUCUGGACAAGCACAAGGAGUUUUUUCAGGGUCUGGAAGCCCAUGUGGUGCUGACGCAGGCCUUCUUCAGGCAGGUCAGUGUGGUGAUGGUGCAGAGAGAGGCUCAGGUUCUGGAGCAGACUGUAGCUCAGGCUCACACCGUCCUCAAACAGGCUCACAGAAGGGGAGUGGAACUGGAGGGCAUCCUGGAGGAGUGGAGCAGUUUUGUUGGAGAUUAUCAGGCUCUGUAUAAGCAGCUGGAGGUGGUGGAGAGCAGCAUUCCAGUCGUAGGGCUGGUGGAGGAGACGGACGAGAGACUGAGUGAGAGAAUCGCACUUUAUCAGUGUCUGAAGAGCACUCUGGUGGAACGGCAGCAGCAGCUCUAUCAGGUUCUAGAGGACGGCAAGAGACUGUUACUGCGUGUGUGCUGUUCAGAGCUCGAGACUCAGCUCACUCAGCUGGGAGAACACUGGCUCAGCAGCACCACCAAAAUCAGCAAAGAGCUCCAGCGCCUUGACUCCACCCUCAAACACUGGACCAGGUAUCAGAGCGAGUCAGCAGAACUGGGUCAGUGGUUGUCCUCGGCUCUGGAUCGGCUCGAGUUCUGGAGCACGCAGUCGGUCACCGUUCCUCAGGAGCUGGAGACGGUCCGAGACCACCUGCACGCUUUCCUGGAGUUUUCUAAAGAAGUGGACGCUAAAUCUUCUCUGCGCUCGUCUGUCCUGAGCUGUGGGAACCAGCUGCUGAGGCUGAAGAAGGUGGACACAGCGGCGCUUCGCACUCACCUGGCACAGUUAGAAACGCAGUGGGCAGAGCUUCUCACACACAUCCCAGUGGUGCAGGAGAAACUCCACCAGCUUCAGAUGGAGAAACUGGCAUCUCGUCACGCCAUCACUGAGCUGAUGAGCUGGAUUUCUCUCAUGGAGAACAUCAUCCAGGAGGACCAGAACAAGAUCCUGGAAGCAGUGGGCUCAGAGGUGGUGCAGACCUACAUCCAGAAAUACAAGGGUUUCGAGAUCGACUUGUCCUGUAAGCAGCUGACGGUGGACUUUGUGAAUCAGUCGGUGCUGCAGAUCAGCAGUCAGGACGUAGAGGGGAAGCGCAGCGAUAAGACCGACUUUGCCGAGCGUCUGGGGGCCAUGAAUCGGCGCUGGCAGAUUCUUCAGGGCCUCAUCAGCGAGAAGAUCACGCUGUUGGAAAGUUUACUCGAGAAAUGGUUGGAGUAUGAGAGCGGAGUCCAGAGCCUGAAAACCUGGAUCAGUACACAGGAGGAGAAGCUGAAGAAGAAACCCAGGAUCGAAGACGUGGCCUCGGUUCAGAACCUGCUGAAAGACUGCCAGGAGCUGGAGGAGUUGGUGAAAGAGAAAGAGAAGGACUUGGAGAAAGUGGAGGAAAAAGGAUGCUCGCUCAUCCAGGGCAAGAAAGGAGACGCCUCCGCUAUCGUCAUGGAAACGCUUAAAGGGCUCAACCAAGCUUGGACCAACCUGGACCAGUUGGUUGGCCAGGUAAAGAUCAGUCUGCGUGCCGUGCUGGAGCAGUGGAGUCUGUACAAGCGAGCUUCUGAAGAGAUCCAUGGCUACCUGAUGGAGGGACAGUACUCUAUCUCACGCCUCAGGUUCCUCACCGGUUCUCCAGAGGCUGUCCUGGUGCAAGUGGAGAACCUGGAGGGUCUUCAGGAGGAGCUGGAGAAGCAGGAGAGCAGUGUGAAGAAGUUCGGCUGUCUCACCGAGCAGCUGCUGAAAGACUGUCACUGCACUGUGGCUGAUUCCCUCACCACAACCCUCACCGACAUCAACCACAGGUGGAACUUGCUGCUGGAGCAGAUUUCUGAGCAGUUGAGGAGCAGUAAGAACCUGCUGCAGCAGUGGAAGCGCUACAAAGACCUCCAUGAGAGCAACAGCAAGGAUGUGCAGAGACUGGAAGAGAGGGCGGAGUGUUUACUCAACAGCUCCACCCACAGAGUGACCACGGAACAGGAAGUAAAGAACUGGAUCCAUGAGUGUAAUGACUUACUGAAGGCUCAUAGCUCGGUCCAGGCCACGCUGCAGCAGCUGACUGAUGCGGAGGAACAGUUGAGGCUGCAGGUGGAGCCAUCAUCCAUGGCAACCAUCCAUACAGACUACCUGUCACUCAGCCGGCGCCUAGCAACAGUGGGACACGCCCUUCACAGGCAGCAGGAAUUGAUGAAGGCGGGUUUGAAGGACUACGAGAGCUUCAGGGAAGAGCUGCGCUGUCUGAGUCGGUGGCCAGAAGAGGCACAGGAGGUGCUGAAGGAGUCGGAUCCGGCCGCGUCCGCGGAUCUGUCUGCUGUGCAGGAGCUCAUGGAGAAGCUCAAGAUCCAGAUGCUGAACCUGAGUCGUCUGUCUCCCGAUCUGGAGCGUUUAAACCGUCUGGGCUACAAACUUCCACUAAACGAUCAGGAGAUCAAAACCCUUCAGAGUCUGAACAGGAACUGGACGUCCACCUCGGCGCACAGCACAGAGAGAUUCAGUAAGCUCCAAGCCCUGGUGCUGCAGAGACAGAGUUUCCUGGAGAAGUGCGAGACGUGGCUCGGCUUCCUGAACCAGACGGAGGAGAAGCUCGGCACUGAGAUCUCAGGAAAUUACCAAAGUCUGUUAAAGCAGCAAAGAGAGCACGAGCUGUUCCAUGCUGAGAUGUUCAGUCGUCAGCAGAUCCUCUACUCCAUUAUUAGUGACGGCCAUCAGCUCCUGAAUCAGGAACGAGUGGAAGACAGAGACGAUUUUGGCCUGAAGUUGGCGCUGUUGAGUAAUCAGUGGCAGGGCGUGGUGCGGAGAGCGCAGCAGAGGCGGGGCAUCAUCGACGCGCUGGUGUGUCAGUGGCAGCGCUACACCGAGCUCUCGGACAAACUCAGACACUGGCUGCAGGAGGAGGCUCUGGAUCGUGAGGAGGAAGCGCAGCAGCAGGGACGUGUCAUGGCUUUACAGCAGGCUCGAGGAGUUCUCGACCGCAUUCAGUUGAAGGAGCGGGUACUUCAGAGGCAGCAGGGCAGCUACAUCUUGAUGGUGGAGGCAGGAAGGCAGCUUCUCCUGUCGGCCGACGGUCAGGCGGAGGCUCUGCUGCAGGAGGAGCUGACGGAGCUGCAGGAGCGAUGGAGGAGCGCUAGCAUCCGUCUGGACCAGAGGAAGAAGGAGCUGCUCUCGCUACUAAAGGACUGGGAGCAGUGUGAGAAAGGAAUUGCUGCGUCACACGAGAAGCUGAGAGCAUUCAAGAGGAAGCUCUCUCUGCCUUUACCUGAUCACCAUGAAGAGCUGCACAACGAGCAAAUCCGCUGCAAGGAGUUAGAGGGCAGCACAGACGGUUGGGCAGACGACGUGGCUGCUUUGUGUUGUCUCAGAGACUCGUUGUUGUGCAGCCUGAGCUCUGAUGACCUCACGGUCCUACAGGAGAGACUGGAGCUGCUGCAGAGACAGUGGGAGGAGACGUGUCACCAGCUAACCCUGCGUAGGCAGCAGGUGAGUGAGAAGCUGAACGAGUGGGCCGUGUUCAAUGAGAAGAAUAAGGAGCUGUGUGAGUGGCUGACUCAGAUGGAGAGCAAGGUGUCUCAGAACGGUGACAUCACCAUCGAGGAGAUGAUUGAGAAGCUUAGGAAGGACUAUCAGGAGGAGAUCUCUGUAGCUCAGGAGAAUAAGCAGCAGUUGGAGCUCAUGGGUGAGAGAUUGGCUCAUUCUAGUCACGAGAGCAAAGCGGCUGAGAUCCAGUAUAAACUAAGCAAAGUGAACGAGCGCUGGCAGCACCUGCUCGACCUCAUUGCAGCCAGGGUGAAGAAGCUGAGGGAGACUCUGGUGGCGGUGCAACAGUUGGAUAAGAACAUGAGCAGUUUGCGUUCGUGGCUCACGAACGUCGAGACUCAAUUGUCACGGCCAAUCGUCUACGAGACCUGUGACACAAACGAAAUACAGAAGAAACUCAGCCAGCAGCAGGAUUUACAGCGUGACAUUGAGAAGCACAGCACGGGCGUGGCCUCAGUGUUAAAUCUGUGUGAGGUUCUGCUGCACGACUGCGACGCCUGCGCUACAGAGAGCGAGUGCGACUCCAUCCAGCAGGCCACACGCAGCCUGGACCGCCGCUGGAGGAACAUCUGCGCCGUCGCCAUGGAGCGCAGGCUGAAGAUCGAGGAGACGUGGAGGUUGUGGCAGAAGUUUUUAGAGGAUUAUUCUCACUUUGAGGACUGGUUGAAGGCUUCAGAGAGAACUGCGGCUCUGCCCAACUCCUCCGGGGUGCUCUACACUGUCGCUAAAGAGGAGCUGAAGAAGUUUGAGGCAUUUCAGAGGCAGGUUCAGGAGUGUUUAACUCAGCUGGAGCUCAUCAAUAAGCAGUACCGGAGGCUUGCUCGUGAGAACCGCACCGACUCGUCCUGCAGCCUUCGCCAAAUGGUGCAUGAUGGGAACCAGCGCUGGGACACGCUGCAGAGGAGAGUGGCGUCCAUCCUGCGCAGGCUGAAGCACUUCAUCGGCCAGCGUGAGGAGUUUGAGACGAUCAGAGACGGAGUUCUGGUGUGGUUGACGGAGAUGGACCUGCAGCUCACCAACAUCGAGCACUUCUCAGAGUGUGACGUUCAGGUCAAGAUCAAGCAACUCAAGGCGUUCCAGCAGGAGAUUGAUCUGAACUCGGUGAAGAUCGGGAGCGUGUUCAGUCAAGGUGAAGCUCUGAUGGAGAAGAGCGAGCCUCUGGACGCUGCUGUAAUAGAGGAGGAGCUGGACGAGCUGCAGCGCUACUGCAGGGAAGUGUUCGGACGCGUCGAUCGAUACUACAGGAAGCUCACGCGUCUGCCGCUGGCUGAUGACGAGUGUGACGGAUCAGAUCGGGAGUUUGACCUCGAUGGCUCAGGUGAGCUCUCUGACCUCCAGUGGGAGGAGGGGAACUCUUUACCCAGCACUAACAGCCAGACCCCCUCUGUGAGUCCGGCGCCGCUGCGUGCCAACUGCUCGGGUCGAGAGACUCCGGCCAGCGUGGACUCCAUCCCCUUAGAGUGGGACCACGACUACGACCUUGAGCCCAUGGGUGGUACCAUGUCAUCGAAGAAGAGGGGGCAGGGUGAUGAGGAUGAGGAUGUUGGUAGCAGCUCUACAGCAGCUCUCAAAGACGUAGUGAUUCCCGAGAGUCCUGAGGCUUAUAUAAAACUGACAGAAAGCACACUGAGGUCCUCCUCUGGUGACUCGGCUCGUAAGGUACUGGACCUGGACAGCCAUAACGCCUCGUACAGUGGUUACAUGCGUCUGAUGGGAGACUGCCGAGACAGUUUAAGCGCUCUGAAGAGAGCCGAGGGAGAGCUGGAGGAGGAGGAGAGCGACCUGGCCGGAUUAAACAACCCUGAGACCGCAGAACCACAGAACACAGGUGUGAUCAAGCGCUGGGAGCUCAUACAGGCUCGGUCCCUUAACUCCAGUGAAGACUUGCUGCUACGGCAACAGCUGACCUCUGACCUGGAAAAUAUGGAGGUGUGGCUUAGUCAUAUAGAGGAGGAGUUGGCUGAGCUGAAGGGGAGGAACUUGAGCACAGAUAUACACACUAUUGACCAAAGGAUAAAAAAACUCAAGGAUCUACAGAAGGAGGUCGAUACCCAUAAGCCCACAGUGCUGUCCAUCAACCUGAGCAGCGUCAGGCUCGUCCAAUCAGACGGCGAGGAGAACAGGAAGCUGAGGAGGAGGCUGAAAGAGAUGAACUCUCGCUGGGACAGACUCUGUAAAGCUCUGCAGCAGUGGAGAGCAGCGCUACAGGACGCGCUAAUGCAGUGCCAGGAGUUCCACGAGCUGAGUCACGGCCUUUUGCUCUGGUUAGAGAACAUCGACCGAAGGAGGAACGAAAUUGUUCCCAUUGCGGCGGAACUGGACCAGCACACACUCCGAGCUCGAUACAAAGCGUUAGAGCAAAUCGAACAGGAGUUGCGGGAGACGGAGCAAAGUGUGAGCAGCCUGCAGGAGCUCUCAGUGCAGCUGCUGGUGCAGGCGCAGGGCGGCGAGAGUCUGGAGGCGCAGGAGAGAGUGCACGUCAUCGGGAACCGUCUACGCCUGCUGCUCAACGCCGUCAACUCUGACCUCCAGCUGCUGCAGAGACGACUCCACGCCUCGGGAGACACACACGUGCCAUGCGUUUGGCCCGCGGUCGACGACAUGGACACGUCUGGAUCGGUCAGUCCGGUAUCGGUGGUCAGCGUGCCUGUUCACCAUCACACGCUACGGAGCAAAUGUAAUGUGUCAGGAGCAGGAUCCUCAGCCAGCCUGCCGCACCACAGGUCCCGCAGGGUUUCUGCGUGCGCUUCCUCUCGCUGUGGUUCCUCCGCGCCACACGGUGGCGCUGCUGCGGCUCGCCGCCAGCCCUUCCUGCUGCGGGUCCUGCGGGCGGCUCUGCCUCUGCAGCUGCUGCUGCUGCUCAUCGUGGGUUUGGCGUGUCUGGUGCCCAUCACUGAGGACGAUUACAGCUGCGCCAACCACAACAACUUCGCCCGCUCCUUUCACCCCAUGCUGCGCUACACGAACGGCCCCCCGCCCAUCUGAGGUACCCCCUCAUCCCACCCUCUAAAUCCCGCCGCCUCGCCCUGACCACCACGCGUCCCUCAGGAGGCAGGACAAUAUAAAGUGAUCUGUAUUAGCCAAAGUUGAACAUUUGAAUAUAAUCCAUGUACAGGUGAACACCGCUGCUAUUUUUAUUUUUUAUUUUAUUUUUUUACUAUUUUUUUAUUUUUAAUUAUUGAUCACAAUCAGUGUAGCGACGAUCGGCUCUGUAGCCGAAGCCCGAACGGGAUCCUUUUGGGAAACGGGACAAUGAAGAAGUCAAUCAGAUUUUCUAGCACUGACUCGAGCGUAUUUUAAGGUACUGCACUUAAACCGUCCGGCGAAGCGGCGACGUCGUUCGAUUCCUUUGUGGAAAUUAUUUUUUCAUUUUAAACGAUUGUAUUUGAGAUACGAAAAAGCUAUAUAAAAUUUCACUUCCGGUGAUUUUGAUAAGUAUUAGAUGCCCUUCAUGAUGUAUUUAUUUGUUUUUCGUUUUUUUGUUUUUUUUUUCAAUUUAUUUAAAAAAAAUUUUAUCUUUCCUCACGGCAUGCGGUUGAUGCGUUUUUUUUUUUAACACUAAAACAAUCACUGAUAGUUAUGUGUGUAAGAGCAAAGCUUUUUUUAUUUCUAAAUACUAGUAGUUCACUAGGUUGCUAAAAAAAUGUUUAAAACAUCAAGUAUGAAAUUGUCAGUGCUUAUUUAUGAGUGUACAGUUUACUAACACUGACAGUAAAGGUUUCAUUAAUAUAUACAUUA